GUCUGAAUACUUUCCGAAAGCACUCUAAAUCCACUAUGUACAGUACAUGUGGUGUCAAGCCCUGCUACUUUAUCUAGGUGGGAGCCCAUGAUGCUAAAAUGUGAUGUUUGACCUUCUCUUGGGAUGAAUAAGGAAACAACCCCAUGGAACCCUCCAGUAGCUGACAGUAUGUCGUCAGCAGUGGAGGCCAGUAUGUACAACAGUAUUCAGGCCAUCCUCAGACAGGCUGCCUCCUCAUGCAACAAAGGUAUGCUGAGGUGGACUCUUCAUAAGAAGGUGGAGACCCAUCCAUCUAACAGUGUCUCACUGGUCAGGGUUCUGGUCAAAGAGCUAGAGAAGGUGGAGAGGCUUGACUAUAAGAUGCAUGUCAUUCCAUUGCUUCACACUCUCAACUAUGUUAUUAUUCAGCAGUCUAGCCACAUUCCAUGUAGCCUGUUUCAGAGAGUGUAUGAGUGCUUCAAACGGCUCCUAACACUUCCAGAGCCCUACUGUACUAUCGCACUGAGAUACAUCAGAAGCAUAAAGAUGGAGCAGAUCACACCAGGAGCUUUGUAUCAGAGAAGGGUGAUUGCUGAGCAGAGCCUAAGGAACAAACAUUUCCCCCAGCAGGAAAGGGUAUUUGUGUUUGCAGACCCGGCUGUGUUCUCAGGGCCCCUGUGGCAGGCGGUGAGGGCAGACCUGGUGCUGGCCAGACCCCAAAGUGACACACUGGCAAGACGGGUGUUACUGCACACUCUGCAGGCUGGACUGGUGAAAGCCUGUCAUGGUCCCAUACUGACUCAAGCUCUGGAGGAUCUAGGAGAAGAUGUGGAGCAGUACUUCCAGGAGGUGGUGUUAGCUGUAGAGCAGAGUAUACAGAACGGCGAGGCAGGCCGUGACCAGUACCUAACCAGGCUACAGCACAUCUACAGAGACAUCCUGACCUCUGCUAACCAAGACCCAAAGGCCCGUGGCUCUCUUUCUAACACUCCAUUGCCCUCGCCAGAGAUUCACUUCCACCUGUGGACAAACGAAGAGGAGCUGUGGAAUGAGCUGGUAAACUUCACCCUAAAUGUUUCCACCUCUGAGCGGAACUCUAUGUACCAGGAGGAGGAAGAGGAGGAUGUUUCUAAGAGGGUUUCCCACCUGUCUGUUGAUAGUGGAAUAGAGAAGGACCUGUCUGACAUGGGGGAGCGGGAACAAAUGAAUCCAUUCACUCGGUCACGGUCACCGUGUUUCAGAGGGAGAAUGAAGCCAGAAGACAAAAUGGCUCUGGUACAGGAAAACAUCAAGGGGCCCACCAGUAGCACCCCUCUCCCUAAAGAGGAGGGGAACCAUACCGCACGCAUAGUGAUGAUGGGAGACAACAGGGUGCUGGGGAGACUGGCCAAGGUGUAUCACUCCAUCCGAAAACGGGAGGCAAAACAUCUCAUCUUGACCAAAAGAGUGAACCUACAGAUAUACUACAUCCCUGUCACUGAUGAGCCUAUUGUCAACUCACCUGAAAGCACAUCACAAGUUGGAGACAGGUUGUCUCUAGCCUCGUUCUUAGGAAGGGUCGAUCCCUGGUACGAAAGCAACAUUAUCAGUUUGGGAGCCAUGAUUCCAAAGCUGGCAGGAACGCAGUCCAGUCACAGCAGGUCAUCAGAACCCAACCACUUCCUUGUGGACGUCCUCUCCUACUACCUUCGCUGUGGCCUACAGCCUGUCCACUUCACACUCUACUCUGUCAAGAUCUCUGUCUCUGGCCAGACUGGCAGCCCUGUGGAUGAUGUGUUUGUGUCCCACCUGGAUGCUGAGUUCCCGGAGUCUAAAACACUCAGAGAAAAUCUGAGACAAGAGAGAUCUAGUAGGCGACGAACAAGGAAGACACUUGGAACCUGUGGAGUGGUGGUUUCUGUGAAUUACAGUAAGGUCUCCUUGAGCAAACAAGAGGUUGUCCAGGGAAUGUCAGUCAUGACAUGUGGAGUGGGCAUUAGUGCAAUAUCACCCAAUGAAACAGAAGGUCUUGAUUUCCUCACUGUCAAUUUUGACAGUACAAAUCCAAGAUGCUGCACGGAGAUCAGAACCCAAAACAUUAAAAUCAGAAUCCUGGAGGAUAAGACCUUCACUGUCUGUCUGGACAAAGACUGUCGCAGGAAAUACACACAUGUGCAAAGCAUUGAGAUCUCUCCAUGUUUGGAUCCAGGGUAUUGCCUCCAGACAAGUUCCAAGUCCAAGUUUAGUGUGGGAGAGGAGAGGGAGUCGGGGCUGAGCAAAUACAUGUGCAAGAUCCUGCCUCUGCCAAUCAAUACCUUCACUGGCAUCAACCACUGAAGGGAUUUGAUUAUUUGGCCCGGGCUCCAUCCCAGGCGUGAGCCAGGUGCCCCGCUCUGGCCAACGGCGAAGUAAGCUAAAAACAAAAGUGACAUUGGUUAUGCACAUGGAGUAAUGAGUAAGAUUAUGUGUUUUCACAUGCAAAAGGGAUUUAUUUUGAUAACAAAAAGUGUUUUAUCUGCCUUCCCAAUGAAAUCUAGUUUUAAAAUCCUAACAUAUGUUUUAUGAAAAAGAUGCAUAAGGAAAAAAAACAUACAAGAGAUGUUGUAUGUAUUUUUAUUUUAUUAGGAUCCCCAUUAGCUGUUGAGAAAGCAGCAGCUGCUUUUCCUGGGUUCCACACAAAACAUGAAACAUGACAUAAUACAGAACAUUAAUAGACAAGAACAGCUCAAGCACAGAACCACAUCAAAUUAUGUAUUUUUUAACGCACAUGUAGCCUACAUAUCAAUACAUACACGCAAACUAUCUAGGCCAAAUAGGGGAGAGGUGUUGUUUUAUCUGUUUUCUUAAACCAGGUUUGCUGUUCAUUUGAGCAAUAUAAGAUAAGGGCUCUAUAUAAUACUUUAUGCUUUCUUAAAUUUGUUUUGGAUUUGGGGACUGUGAAAAGACUGGUGGCAUGUCUGGUGGGGUACGUGUGUGUGUAAGUUGACUAUGCAUACAAUUUGGGAUUUUCAACACGUUAAUGUUUCUUAUAAACAGAAGAAGUGAUGCAGUCGGUCUCUUUUAUAUCAGCCCUGUGAGUCACGCCUGCUCCCGCUCUUCCUCCCUGGUGCUCGAGGGCGCCAGGCUUCCCAGUAUUGAGCACUCCUGCCAUCAUCAUUACACACACCUGCCCCGUCACACGCAUCAGUGAUUAUUGGACUCACCUGGACUCAAUCACCUCUGUCAUUACCUUCCCUAUAUCUAUCUGGUUCCCCGCUCUGUUCCCUGCUUCUGCAUUCAUUUUUGUUUGUCUUUGUUUACCUGUUCCUGUUCUGUUACCUGUCUGUUCCUGUUUAAAUGUUUGACUCCCCGUACCUGCUUCUCAUCUCCAGCGUCGAUCAUUACACUCUGACUACAAUGAAGAGGAAGACAUGUCGCUCUGUUCUGGCAUAUGUUUUGACCAUGACAGUUUACAACCAAAGUAACUCCAAGUAAUUUAGUCUCCUCAACGUGUUCAAAAGCCACACCAUUCAUUACCAGAUUCAGCUGAGGUUUAGAACUUAGGGAAUGAUAUGUACCAAAUACAAUGCUCUUAGUUUUAGAGAUGUUCAGGACCAGUUUAUUACUGGCCACUCAAGACUGCAAUUCUUUGUUUAGGGUUUCAGUGACUUCAUUAGCUGUGGUUGCUAAUGUGUAUAUGGUUGAAUCAACUUUGUUUAAUGCCAGUGGCAGGUUAAUGGUAAAAAUAGUAAAGAGUGGAGGCCCUAGAGAGCUGUCCUGCGGUACAACACACUUUACAUAUUUGACAUUAGAGAAGCUUCCAUUAAAGAAACCUCUUUUAGUUAUAUUAGAUAGAUAGCUCUGAAUUCACAAUAUGGCAGAGGUUGAAAAGCCAUAACACAUUUUUUCAACAACAGGUUAUGGUCAAUUAUAUCAAAGGAUACACUGAAAUCUAACAGUACAGCUCCCACAAUCUUCUUAUUAUCAAUUUCUUUCAACCAAUCAUCUGUAAUUUGUGUUAGUGUAGUACAUGUUGAGUGCCCUUCUCUAUAAGCAUGCUGAAAGUCUAUUGUUAAUUUGUUUACAGAGAAAUAGCAUUGUAUUUGGUCAAACACAUAUUUUCCCCAACAGUUUGCUAAGAGCUGGCAGCAAGUUUAUAAGUCUGCUGUUAGAACCAGUAAAGGCCGCUUUACCACUCUUUGGUAGCUGAAUUACCUUGGCUUCCCUCCAAGCUUGAGGACAAAGACUUUCCUCUAGGCUCAGAUUAAAGAUAUGAAAGAUUGGAGACACUAUAGAGUCUGCUACCAUCCUCAGUAGCUUUCAAUCUAAGUUGUCAUUGCCAGGAGGUUUGUCAUUAUUGAUCGAUAACAAUAAUUUUUCCACCUCUCCCACACUAACUUUACAAAAUUCAAACUUCCAAUGCUUUUCUUUCAUUAUUUUUUAUGCAUGAAUAUGAUGGCUCACUGUUCAUUGUUGACAUUUCCUGCCUAAGUUUGCCCACUUUGCCAAUGAAGUAAUCAUUAAAAUAAUUGCCAACAUCGAAUGGUAUUGUGCUGAAUAAGCCAUCUGAUUUGAUGAAAGAUGGAGUUGAAUUUGUCUUUCUGCCCAUAACUUCAUUUAAAGUACUCCAGUGUUUUAUAUAAUUUAUCUUGGCUUCAUAAUACAGUUUCUUCUCCUUUUUGUUGCAUUUAGUCACAUCAUUUCUCAGUUUGCUUUAAGUCAGCCAGUCAGAUGUGCAGCCAGACUUAUUAGCCACUCCUUUUGCCUCAUCUCUUUCAACCAUACUGUUUUUCAAUUCCUCAUCAAUCCAUGGAGCCUUGACAGUUCUUACAGUCAGUUUCUUAACAGGUACAUGUUAAUCAAUAAUUGGAAGAAGCAAUUUCAUAAAUUAAUUAAGUGCAGCGUCAUUAAUCAUGUAAGACCAACAUGUUUUUUUUUUUUUUACAUCAUCCACACAAUAUUUUGCCGUGACUUUUAUAUCAUCUCUUGUACACUAUUUUAGGCCCAGCUUUUGGAACUUUGGCUUUCCUGGAUAUAGCCACUAUAUUGUGAUCACUACAUCCAAUGGGUACGGAUAUAGCUUUAGAACAAAGUUCUACAGUAUUAGUAGAAAUGUGAUCAAUACAUGUGGAUGAUCUUGUGUCUGUAAACACCCUGGUUAUUUGUUUCUGAGUGAUGCAACAUGUGCCUAGUAGACAACAUGACGGAGCAUGACGGACUCCCUUUCGGCACCGACAGAGAUGGCCGCCUCGCUUCGCGUUCCUAGGAAAUUAUGCACCCGAUGUCACAGGAAGGCCAUAAAGAUCAUCAAGGACAACAACCACCCGAGCCUGUUCACCCCGCUAUCA